AGAACAUGAACUCUAAAAGGAAAGCAGAAACCUGGAAAAGAAACAGACGUCAGCUGGCCUUCUCCACAGUAGGCACUCCUGACUACAUUGCUCCCGAGGUGUUCAUGCAGACCGGGUACAACAAGCUCUGUGAUUGGUGGUCCCUUGGCGUGAUCAUGUAUGAGAUGCUCAUCGGCUACCCACCUUUCUGUUCUGAGACCCCGCAAGAGACAUACAAGAAGGUGAUGAACUGGAAAGAAACUUUGACUUUUCCUCCAGAAGUUCCCAUCUCUGAGAAAGCCAAGGAUCUAAUUUUGAGAUUCUGCUGUGAAUGGGAACAUAGAAUCGGAGCCCCUGGAGUUGAGGAAAUCAAAAGUAAUUCUUUUUUUGAAGGUGUUGACUGGGAACAUAUCAGAGAGAGACCUGCUGCAAUAUCUAUUGAAAUCAAAAGCAUUGAUGAUACCUCAAACUUCGAUGAGUUUCCAGAGUCUGAUAUUCUUAAGCCAACAGUGGCCACCAGUAAUCACCCCGAGACUGACUACAAGAACAAAGACUGGGUCUUCAUCAAUUACACAUACAAGCGCUUCGAGGGUCUGACCGCUCGGGGGGCGAUUCCAUCCUACAUGAAAGCGGCAAAGUAGAGCGCGGUGGUGGGAUCCGAGACGGAGCAGAGUUCCUCGGCCAGCAUCACUGGCGGCUUGCCUCUCGCACCCUUUCAAAGAGCUUCUAAGCAGUUGACAGAACCUGCCAAUGUGUCAUAGCAAAGUUUCCUGAAAUGUGAUAAAGUGGAUUUUCUCCCAUAAUGCACCAGAAAACCGAUAGAACAAAGAACCAUCUCCACUCCACAUCAUCGGCCAUAAACAGCUUCUUUAGAAGCAUCGUGAGCCAAUUUGAUAGGUAUUUUCAAAAGAAUUUGAAUUCCCACAGUUCACCAGAAGGAAGGAGAGAAACAGCCAUCAUCCAGCAUUACCAAGAUUUUGUAAUGUGUACUCUGCCAAGUCCUCUGCCGUGGUGACACCACGCCCCCUGCCAAGCCCAUUGAGUAUUUCUUUCCUCUGUAUAGCUAAAAGUCCCAUAGUACUACAGGAAUACAGCAACAACCAUAGUGUGUCAGCAGCCAACGUGAUCUCCGUCCUGAGGGGUGGUGAGGAGAGCGUCUCCCUGCACUCGGCCCUGGGAGCGGCUUUCCACAGCUUGCACUUACGGUGCACUUUAUUCAUGGUACUAGGACUCAUGAUUUAGCUCCUCUCUUCCACCCAUCCAAAAGCUUCGGCUGCUCUUCUGAGUGUUGAUGGUGUCUCCUCUUGCUCUCUGGAGGCCACUGGCACUGCUGCGUUAUGAAUCAUGCGCAAGCCCUCACUUCCUCUGUGUGGUGCAUCAGAUCCCAGGGUGGAUGCCACUGACCAGCAAUGCCCGAAAGCACUGCCGGCAGGAACUGUGUGUUCCUGGGGACACAGCCAGCAGCCCACAUGGAGGCUGGAGGCCUGGAGCCUCCUGGGAAGAGGUGGUGGACCCACCUCUUCCGGCAGAAAGGACACGGCCAGCUCCCUCCUCAUCCCUGGCGCAGCCGUGUUGUCUUCUCUCGGUAUUUCUCCUCUUCCAGCUGUCGCCAUUUUGCCUUGGAAUCAUGAGGACAAAUUUUCCCUUUGCUGAUGCCUUCCUGAGGGAUACUUGUCCCACCCAAGACUUGCCUGCAGCUAAGGCUGACCUGACUUCUGUUGUGGCGUUCUCUUAUGAGACUGAAUUGUAGCACAAAGUGCCUUCUUUGUCACAGCCACAGCCACCAUUAGAGGACUUUUGCUGUGUCAUAAAAAUGUCAAGGGUUCCAUAUGAAUGCAUUAUUUCUUUUUGGUUUUGAUAACUCUUCAAGCAUCAUUUGCACCUGUGUGGUGACUGCCUGUUGCAGAUCACGGCCACGCCACACCUGAGACUUGAGGUGGUGAAGGCCGCGCGUCCCAGCUCGGCCAUUCAGAAAGGAAAAUGGAAUGUCAGUCACGGCGACACUGUCCUAAUCUGGAUGGGGAUGUGGUGUGUCAGCCCCCUACUUUUUUAUUUGUAGCCUGUUAGUGUGAAGGAAGUAAAUGAGGUUUGUCUGUGUAACUCCUUAGUCUAUUAUUAAAUAGUUGGGGUCUGUGUGGUGUGAGGAUGGGGAGUGCGGGGAGAAUAACUGAAGGGAGUGGCGCUAGCCUAGUAGGGUGGCGGGGAAUGGGUUUAGGGUCAAUGACCACAUGUUAGCUGUUAAAACUUCUGAAUAAACUGUGAAAACAGCAGUGGAAAUCUGUGGUACGUUUAAAAC